AUGCAUCCAGCUUUACAGCGAGACUUGUGUUAUGGUAUGCGACCAACCCGCCGUCAUAUAACCAGUCACGACCAAAAUGGAGCAAGCGUUGUCCUCGCCUCGCCAAAUUUACUCUAUCUCGAUCGAGGUGGGUAUGCGAUUACCCGUACAUAUGCACUGGACCAGGUGCCAGCACAGCUUGGGAAGGACCAGGACUUGAACGCUUACCUUUCCUCGGAUGGCGACAACUAUCCCACAUCACAGCUCCACGGGGGCAGCCAACCUGUGGUUCCAGGAGGCGUGAACUUCUUACAGGGAGACUUCGGUCCUUCUGCGAUCACCCCGAUGCAUCGAACCAUCUCUGUCGACUAUGUAGUAGUUGUUGAGGGAGAACUGGUCCUUGAAUUGGACGAUGGAACCAAAACACCUCUCAAAAUCGGGGACUCCGUGAUUCAGCGAGCAACCAUGCACCGUUGGGUGAAUCCGUCCGUUGACAAACCUGCACGAUUCGUCGCCACUACAGUUGCUUGCAUCCCAUUCGAAAUUGAAGGGCAUCUCAUCCAGCAAGAGUAUUCGGAUUAG